AUGAUUUUCAGACAAAUGUUCCAUACCUUGGUAAUUUUAACCACAGUAGGCACCAUACUCGCAGACUACCCUGGUCCGUCAAGGUGGCCCUAUCCCGCUGCAGAAGCAAAAUUCAUAAUUCCUGUACCUGGAAUUCAACAACCUUUAAGGCCUCCUUCUUAUCAGUCCGAAGAGUCUAGAGUUACUACUCCGAACGGUCUGAAUCUACCAAAGGAACAAAAAGUUGAAACAGUACAAGGACCAUAUACAGCUACAGAACCAAAAAUUGAAAUAACACAGAAACCCAUGCCUGUCCAAGAACUCAUCAAAGUUGAAAUACUCCAAGGACCUUAUCCAGCUGCCGAACCAAAAAUUGAAAUAACACAAAGACCAAUUUUCGUUCAAGAACCCAAGGCUGAAGUACCACAAGGUCCUUAUCCCGCUCCAGAACCAAAAAUUGAAAUACCACAAGGACCAUAUCCUCCUGCAGAGCCAAAAAUUGAAAUAAUGCAAAAGCCCAUUCCUGUCCAAGAACCCAUCAAGGUUCAAAUACCCCAAGGACCUUAUCCUGCUGCAGAGCCUAAAAUUGAAGUUAUUACAGAAGGUCCUUAUCGCGCUCCAGAACCAAAAACUGAACUUAAACCACAGAAACCCAAGGUUGAAAUACCACAAGGUCCUUAUCCAGCUCCAGAGCCAAAAACUGAAAUACGACAAGGACCAUAUCCUGCUGCAGAGCCUAAAAUUGAAGUUAUUACACAAGGUCCGUACCCUGCUGCAGAACCAAGGACUGAAAUACCCCAAGGACCUUAUCCAGCUCCAGAGCCAAAAACUGAAAUACCACAAGAACCAUAUCCUGCUGCAGAGCCUAAAAUUGAAGUUAUUACAGAAGGUCCUUAUCCUGCUCCAGAACCAAAGACUGAAAUACCCCAAGGACCUUAUCCAGCUCCAGAACCCAAGGUUGAAACACCACAAGGACCAUAUCCUCCUGCAGAGCCAAAAACUGAACUUAAACUACAGAAACCCAAGGUUGAAGUACACUUGAACAAACAUCCCACAUAUCCUUAUCCGGCAGCAGAACCCUUGGAUAAUAGAAUAUAA